CAUAUUUCAUUCUAACCACAAUUUUCUCUCUCCGACUGAUAAGAAACCAACGAGACCAAACCCAUGUGGUUUCUUAGGAUCCACUCGCUUAACUCUUGUCUUGCCUUUUCCACUUCACCAAAACUUGUGACCCAUUUAAGUUUAACCCAAAAAGACCCCUUUUUUUCUGUGUAUUCUUCUCUUUUUCUUGUUUUCUUCCAUUUUCCCAACCCCAACUUCACACUUCUUCCUCCAAUGCUUGUAACUUGUUCUUGGCUCUCUAUUUAAAGGCUUAACUUCAUUUUCCAUCUGGGUUUUCUGAGUUGUGAUUGACUACAAUUUUAUAGACUGAAUGAUGUCUGUUACUAGCAAAAGUGUUGAUUUUGUUGGGAAAAACUUGGUUUCUUGUGGCUGUUCUUCCAAUGCUUCGUUUCAUAGGUAUAAUAAGGUGAGGAAUUUUCAUGCAAAGGUGAAUUCUAAAGGGUGUGGAAAUGGAGCUCGUAAAUUGGUUUGUUCUAAGAAGAAGAACACUCCUCAAUAUCGUGUUUCUUCUAUGGAUACUGCAGAGUCUACUUUGAAUGGUGGAACUCAAGCAAUUAAAGACCUUGCUAAAGGAUUGAAUUUGAAGACUUAUUCUGAAACUCCUAUUUCACCUAGUAGGUUGUUUGAAGUAGUUUCUGAUGAUCUUCAAACACUCAAUAAAAAUCUGUUGUCUAUUGUAGGCGCAGAAAAUCCAGUUUUGGUAUCUGCAGCUGAGCAGAUCUUUAGUGCUGGUGGGAAGAGGAUGAGACCAGCUCUCGUGUUCUUGGUGUCAAGGGCGACAGCAGAGCUACUUAACUUGGAGGAUCUUACUAUAAAGCAUCGACGUUUAGCCGAGAUAAUUGAAAUGAUUCAUACCGCAAGUUUGAUACAUGAUGAUGUGUUAGAUGAGAGUGACCUAAGAAGAGGGAAGGACACUGUACAUCAAAUGUUUGGAACAAGAGUGGCAGUGCUGGCCGGUGACUUCAUGUUUGCACAGGCGUCGUGGUAUCUCGCCAACCUUGAAAACAUUGAAGUCAUUAAACUUAUCAGUCAGGUUAUUAAAGACUUUGCUAGUGGAGAAAUAAAACAGGCUUCUAGCUUGUUUGAUUGCGACGUUCAACUUGACGAGUAUCUAACCAAGAGUUUUUUAAAGACAGCCUCGUUGAUUGCUGCUAGUACAAAAGGAGCUGCAGUUUUCAGUGGUUCAGACACCAGCAUCACUGAGAAAAUGUAUGAAUACGGAAAGAAUCUCGGUCUGUCAUUCCAAGUUGUCGAUGACAUAUUGGAUUUCACGCAAUCGGCGGAGCAGCUUGGAAAGCCUGCCGGCAGUGACCUUGCCAAAGGUAACCUGACCGCUCCCGUAAUUUUUGCAAUGGAGAAAGAACCGAAGUUAAGGGAUAUCAUCGAGUCUGAAUUUAGCGAGAUCGGUUCACUUGAUGAGGCGAUUGAGUUGGUGAAGAGUUGCGGCGGAAUCGAAAGAGCACAAGAGUUGGCGAAAGAGAAAGCGGAUCUUGCUAUUCAAAGUCUUCAAUGUCUACCUCAAAGUGUGUAUCGGUUAGCUCUCGAGGAUAUGGUAACAUAUAAUCUUCAAAGGAUUGCAUAAGCAUAUGGGAGAGAACCUUGAGUUUGAAGUUAUGUGAUUCCAAGAAUUUUUCCAGAAAAUGAAGCAAACAAGUUCCCCUUGUGCUACUUUUGGGGUGGUAAUAUAGACAUUGAAGGAUCAAGUUGAUCCAACAUAAUAUAUUUCUUGUAUUUAUGAUUUUAUACAUGUAUCAGUAUAUUCUUUCCCCCAUUUUUAUUUUCUUGGAACUGGUUGUAAGGGAAUAAAAUAUGAAAAAUAAAAAUAUUAAUACUAAUAUUAAUUUUCUUGUUUUA